AUGAGGAUAAUUAAUCUAAUAAACUUUAUCUCAUUAGGCACUGUGGUGUUAACAUCAGAAGAGGUCUCAUUUACGCUCAAAUCUGAGUUUUCCAAUGUUUCAGACUCAUAUAUAUCACAUUUGCACAAGAGAUCAAGACAUGCUGAGCAGCCAAUCUUUGUGAUUGAAGAUUCACAGGACUACUGCUCACAAGUGUUUUAUCCAAGCCCACUUUGUGGAAGAGUGGACAAUUGCUGGCAGAGUGCAUUCGAAAAGGCAAAGAAGGUUGUGGAAAAAUUGUCCAUCACAGAGAAGGUCAAUCUUACAACAGGCACUGGCUGGGGCUCUGGCCCAUGUGUAGGCAACACGGGUUCCGUACCAAGAUUAGGUAUUCCCAAUUUGUGCUUACAGGAUGGUCCCAAUGGGGUUAGAUUUACAGAUUUUGUGACCCAUUUUCCUUCUGGAUUAGCAACUGCUUGCACAUUUAACAAAGGAUUAUCGUACCUACGAGGAAAAGCAAUUGGUCGUGAACAUAGAAAGAAGGGUGUCCAUAUUGCUUUGGGUCCCGUUAUUGGACCCAUGGGAUUAAAAGCACAAGGAGGACGAAAUUGGGAGAGUUUUGGAGCAGAUCCAUAUUUACAAGGAGUAAUGGGUGCAUCGACAGUUGAAGGAAUGCAAGAUGAAGGCGUGGUGGCAACUGCACGUCAUUUGAUAGGUAACGAACAGGAACAUUUUCGUCAAGUUGGUGAAUGGGAAGAGAAUGGUUGGGAUAAGCUACAAUGCUCUAUCAGCUCAAAUAUUGGGGAUAGUGCCAUGCAUGAAAUCUACUUGUGGCCAUUUGCAAAUGUCAUAAAGGCCGGCGUUGGAAGUGUCAUGUGUGCAUACAAUAAGGUCAACAACACUUAUGCAUGUGAAAAUAGCUACUUGUUGAAUUUUUUGUUGAAGUCGGAAUUGGCAUUCCAAGGCUUUGUAGUUAGUGAUUGGGGAGCUCAACAUAGUGGUGUUGGUUCGGCAUUGGCCGGGCUAGAUAUGACGAUGCCGGGAGAGGUUUUUGAUGACUGGCUAACUGGCAAGUCAUUUUGGGGACCAUUAUUAACAAGAGCGGUGUAUAAUGGUACAAUAAGCCAGGAGAGAUUGAACGAUAUGGUAAUCCGCAUAUUAACCCCCUUUUUUGCAAUUGAUCAAGUAAAGUUACCUACUGAUGAGGAUGUGCCAAAUUUUAGCUCUUGGACUCGUCAUACCUAUGGACAAUUGUACCCAUAUCAACAUUCCGGUCCAAUAUGUCAAAAGAAUUGGCACAUUGAUGCAAGAUCGGAUUUUAGUGAAAACACUGCUUUGACUGUGGCUAAGGAAUCGGUUGUAUUGUUGAAAAAUACAUAUCGUCAUUUGCCCAUUGAUAAGAGCGAUGGUGUCAGAAGACUAUUGGUUGCGGGUCAAGGUGCUGGAUCUGAUCCCGAAGGGUUCAAUUGUAAAGACCAGAGAUGUGUCAAUGGUGUUCUCACCAGUGGAUGGGGGUCUGCGGCUGUUAAUAACCCUUAUGUCAUUACCCCAUAUGAAGCUAUUUCAAAAAAGGCAAGGGAUAGGGGUAUCGUCAUAGACUAUACUUCCAAUAACUGGGAUUUGGAGAAUGCCAGUGAUUUAGCUGAUUAUGCCGAUAUGUCAAUUGUAUUUGUCAAUGCUUUUUCCGGUGAAGGAUACAUCCAUGUUGAUGAUAAUUAUGGCGAUCGAAAGAAUCUCUCAUUAUGGCAUAAUGGUGAUGAGUUGAUUAACAAGAUUGCUGACAGAUGCCACAAGACGGUGGUGGUUGUUACAUCUAGCGGACCCGUUAAUAUGGAGAAAUGGGUUGAAAAUGAAAAUGUUGUGGCUGUGGUAUUUGCAGCACCAUUGGGUCAAUACGUUGGACAGGCAAUUGCUGAUGUCUUGUUCGGUGACACUAAUCCCAGUGGGAAACUACCUUUCACCAUUGCUAAGAAGAAGCAGCAUUAUGUAUCUGUGAUUGAUGAUUUUGGAGAAAACUGGGAGCCACAAGAUAAUUUUGAUCGUGAUAUAUACCCUGAUUAUCGUUUCUUUGAUAAACACAAUAUUAAGCCACGUUAUGAGUUUGGGUUUGGAUUAUCAUAUACAAACUUUAAGGUUACCAAUUUGAAAAUUACAGAAAUUAGUUCUCCUUCGGAGUUUUUGCCUUACCCUCAGGAAUACUUACCAGUACAAAAGAUGGUGGAAGAUGAUGUUUGCGACGCAGAGGAUGCUCUUUUCCCCCACGAUGAAUUUGAGCCAUCGCCAGGGUACAUUUACCCUUACUUGUACAAUGAAAAUAUUAGGUCAGUUGAUGAUGAUGAUACCUUUGAGUAUCCAAAAGGUUUUGAUCCUGAUCAACAUGCGUCACCACCACUAAGUGCUGGUGGUUUGGGUGGCAACCCUGCACUUUGGGAGAUCCUUUAUGAAGUGAGUGCAGAGGUUAAGAAUACAGGUACAAUAAAAGGAGGAUACGUUUCACAAUUGUAUAUUGAGUUCCCAAGUACCAUUGUGUCAUCGCCACCAAAGAUAUUGCGUGGAUUCGAAAAAGUGUUCUUAGAACCUGGUAAGAAUUGCAAGAUAUUUUUCAACAUAAUGCAUCGUGAUUUGAGUAUAUGGGAUCCAGAGUCCCAACAAUGGAUAAUUCAAACAGGUACCUACAAGAUCUAUUUGUCAUCAAGUAGUAGGAAAGUGGAGUUAUGUGGAGAAAUCGAUAUCGGAUGCUGA